GCAAUAUGUUAUCAUCAUCGCCGACAACAUCAUCAACAAAUUCAUAUUUUCCAAUACCAUUUGUUCAUAUUCCAACUGUGAAUUAUUUUCCAUGUUCUUCUACUAAUAAUGAUCAACAACAGUAUUCUUAUCUAAAAUUAUCAAUUGAAUGGCCUAAAUAUUUUCAAACACAUCACUUUGUUGUACCAGAAGAUGUGACACCAGUUCAUGUAUCGAAUCAAUUGUCAACUGUAACUGAGAGCACUGUACAAUCAACUUCAAGUAUUAUUAAUACAGUGAAACAAAAACGUUCCAGUUCUUAUCAUUCAUUGAAACCAUUGAAUGAUAAUCAUAAUAAUAAUAACAACACAAUGACCUUGAAACAUGAAUAUACUUUUUCGAAUUUAAAUACAAUAGCUUGUUUACAAUUGAAAAUCAAGUUUCUACCUAAUAAUCAUAGUUUAUUGGGUAGUAAAGUUAUUUUAAGCUUAGGUUCAAAUAAGCAAAUCAUUCAAAAUAUAUUUCCUACUAACAAAAGUAAUCAUCAUCAACAAGAUUAUGCUCAUGAUAACUUGUCAAUAUCAUAUAAAUCAUACGCUCCUAAUAUAUCCGUAUUCAAUUGGUCAACAUUACAUCGUCGAAAACUAUCGGAUUUAAACAACAAUACUUUAUUACCAUAUCAUGUAUGGAUUAAUGUUUCAAUGCCUAUAUAUCCUCCAACUACUACUACUACUGAUAGUAGUAGUAGUAGUAGUUUUACUAGCAGUAGCAGUAGUACAGAUCCCAUUACUCCGUAUCAUGAAAGUGUUUCCCAUCCACAUGAAAUAUUCACAGAACAAUCAAAUCAUUGGAUAGUUGUACAUUCUAACCAGCUGUUGACAAUCCUUACAACAAACAAUGUAUGCAUUGAUGAUAUUUCAUUGUUUACACAUAAAGAUCGAUCAUCACUAACAUCAUUAUGUCCACGUCAAUUAAUUUGGUUUCAUAAUGAUACUACUACUAUACAACAGCUUUAUAUUAAAACUGAAGGUUAUCCAAUGAUCAAAUUGAAUGAGACAAAUUCAUUGAGCCAAUCAAAUCGACGUAAUCGAAAGAAUCAUCAGGAUAAUAGUACAAAUCUAUAUGUGACAUCAUUUUUCUCAUUUGAGAAUGGUUUACAAAUGAUAUGGAUUGCUGGUUCAUUAUUAUUAACUAUGAUAAUUCAAACAGAACUUAGUUUAUGUAUUCAAGAUGAUAAAAAUGACUUAAUGAAUUCAAUGAAUCGACAAAUGACUGACAACUCCAAUAUAUCCACAACAACUACAGCAGCUUUACAAUUAUUACGUAAUUGGAAUUUUUAUAAACAACGCAGUAAUACACCAAUAACGUCAUCAUUAUCAUGUUGUCGUUAUUAUGAUUAUUCCCAUUAUCCACCGACUACUACUAGUUAUCCUAUGAUGCAUCAACAGCAUCGAAUCAGUCCAAUCAAAUGUUCAGCAUUAAAACGUGCUAACAUUUCUUCCAAUGUUAGUCUUCUAUCCAAUAACACAAAUAAUCAUCAUAAUCGAAAUUCAAUCAAUAUCAAUGAUAAUCUAUUAGAUGAAGAGAAUAUUAUCUAUCGUUGUCAUUCAUCUCAAUUAAACAAUGAUCAUCACAAUCAUCACCGCGAUCAUCAUAAACAAUCUAAGCAUCAUGAAUUACGUCAAUCGUUAAUUUUAUCAUUCAAUGAAAAUAAUCAAUUAAUUCUGUUACCAUCAUCCGAAUCGAAUGAUCAACAACACACUGAUCAUCAUCAUCGUACUAGUACUAGUAAUAUGUUGAAUAGUUUAUCCGAAGAAGAUGCUGAAGCAACACGAUUAGAAAUGGCUACAUCAGUGAAUGCAUUAGAUAAAUAUUUUGUACAGAAUACUACUGAUAACAAUAAUAAUAGUAAUAAUACAUUAGAUAAUAUGCAUGAUUAUACUCUAUCCACUAUACCACGUUCAAUAACCAUGACGAUGUCGACAAUGAUGAUGAACAAUGACGCAGAACAACCACCGCCAAGUUAUCAUGAUUGA